AUGCCACACGCUUUCAACCGCCAGGCUGCGCUUGAACUCGUCGUUUCGACUGCGAAAGGUACGGUGCCGCGGGUUCUCACGGCCGUGUGCUGCAGGGCAGCAGGUGGUUCUCACGGCCGUGCGCUGCGAAUGCAGCAUGUGGUCUCCUUUCCUUCUGUCGGGGUGGCUGGUUGCUCGACUGGUGGCGUGCGGGAGCGCGCUGGAGGGCUCCGCUGCCAAUGUUGGUCUCCGUCGGAUGGUUGGUCGAUUGGUCGCCGCGUGCGCUGGGUCGGCUCCGCGCGGCGACGUCGCAUGGGAGUGACGCGCUGGUCCUGCGCGCGUGGCUGUGCACAGGCGCUGUGCUGCAGAGAGGAGUCCGUGCCUGGUUGGGCCGUGCUGUAA